AUGGGUAUCGUUGGUCUUUGGCCGUUAUUGGAACCCACAUGUCAACCGGUUCCAUUAGAGGCUUUGGAGGGAAUGAUCCUGGCUGUCGGUGAGCUCCUCAAUGUGUCUAUUUGGAUUUACCAAGCCCAACUCGGUUAUCCUGGCGAAGCAGUGGAACUUAGUGAUGAAGACGAUGUUGUUUCAAUGGAGAGCAGGCCAUUCUUUCCCGAUACAAAUCGCUCAAGUGCUAUUGAUUUCUUGAUAGAAGAAAGAGAACGUAUUCGUGCGGAUCGACUGAAACCAUCGCAGAAGUCGACUAGCGAUGAUUCUGAUGAUGGUGAAUUCUACAGCAAGACUACGAUGAUCGAGGAUCACGCCAAGCGCAGUAUGGGACAUAGAAAUGCUGUUACUGUCAUGCUUCGAAGUGACGACUGGUCAUCUGACUCUGGAACAGAAGACUUUAUUGAUGUCCCUUCCAUCGACUUGCCCUUUGACCACAGUUUAAAUCUCAUUGAAACGAAGCAACAAAGUGUAAAGGAAGGUGAGGAUUUCGAAUGGAGUAAUAAAGAAGAUCUCAGAAAUGGUGCAUCUGGAGGCCGAGACUCUGAAUGCUACAAGGAUCUACAAGACUUCUUAACCGCUUGUGGUUUUCCUUGGAUUGAAGCACCUGGUGAGGCAGAAGCUCAGUGUGUGCAACUUGAAAAGCUUGGUUUAGUACAGGUUGCUUACUAUUCACAAUUUGUUUCUUUAGGUCUUUCCCAGUCUGAGUUUGUUGGUAUAGCCGUAAUUUCUGGUAGUGACUACUCUUCUGGUUUGACAGGUAUUGGUGUGGUUACUGCUAUUGAACUGCUAUCAGAGUUUGCGGUCACCAAAUCAUCUGUUCAGAGCGACUCCCAAGAAUACGAAACGAUGAGGACUUUGAAGAACAUCGGAGAGUGGAUGGUGACAUUUGAGUCAAAUGUUGAACUGCCAGAGCCUAUAUCCAUACGACAGAAGCUACGCUCUGUUAUAAUGAAAAACAACGACGUGGAUAAAAUCAAAUCGAUUGUAAACGAUGAAGUUGUCGCAGCGUAUUUCCAUCCAAAUGUAGAUAAUUCCACUGAAAAGUUUAGAUGGAGAAGGUCAUCGUCAAAUAUCGCUGCUCUUUCGACAGAAUCUCGCAAGCAGAAGUGUCCAAAGGAAAAACAACUAACAACAAAACAUGCGAAACAGUUAAGAACUGGAAGUGCCCCUCAGAAUUUGCAGUUGUCUGAAGAAUCUGAUUUGAACGAUGAAUAG